AUGAAAUCAAAACAAUACACUCUCAUCUCUAUUGAAGGCAACAUUGGAUCUGGCAAAAGCACUCUACUAAGAUUAAUGUAAUAGAAAUAUCCAGAUUUGAGAUUUAUCGCAGAACCAGUUAAUGAAUGGCAAAGCAUUAAUGGAGAUCCAUCUUUGAAUUUAUUGGGUUCCUUCUAUGAGGAGCCAUCAAGAUGGGCUUACACUAUGCAAGUUUAUGCAUUCUACAGCAGACUCAAGCAUUGGAAGGAGGUUCUCUCUGAUCCAUUGAAUCCUGAAGAUAGACAUCUCAUUCUAAGUGAAAGGAGCAUUGAAGCUGACAAAGAGAUCUUUGCUGUGAAUGGACACAAGAAUGGGAUGAUAAACAAUCUAGAAUUUGCCUUGUAUGAAAAAUUCUAUGAUUGGCUCUGUGAUGAAGUUUUCGGGAAAAAAAUCCAAAAGCAAAUGAUCAUAUAUUUAUAAGUGGACCCAGAUCAAGAGAAUGAAGAAAAAAAUACCAUUUCUAAAGAAUAUCUGACUCAAAUCCACAAUAGACAUGAAGAAUGGCUAUUAAGGGAAACACAUCAAAAUACCUCUAUACUAGUACUAAAUGGAGAUAAGGAGUUCGAAAGUGAUCUCGUACAACAAAGUAAAUUGUUUAACUCUAUCGAUUAAUUUUUACAAGAAUUAUUUUGAAUUUAAUUAAGUUAUUUAUAUAUAUUUAUAAUAUUUGUG